AGGGACUGUCUCGAAAAUUACAGAAAUCGAAAAAUACAAGUUAAGAUGUUGCUGCGGAGGUGCUUUCUGCUCAGCUUCCGAUCCGAGCUGUUUUGUUGGUGACUGUCCUCGUGCCAAGAAGCCGGGAAGUUGUUUGGCCCUGUUGGAUCAAGCAAAUAUGGACAAAUUGAAAGAAAUGCUAAGCUCAAAAAGUUUGACAGCCAUAUUUAGUGAUCCAAAGUUUCUUGCAACAUCUGCUGGUAUUGUUUUAGCAACAUAUUACUAUUUAAAACAAAACAGAGAACUUGAAGCAUUUGAGGAAAGAUUCAACUGCCAGUCCUUGGAACUUCCUGGCCCUGAGCUUAUUAGGAUAAAUGCAGAGACACCAUCUCAUCUUACAAUUGAUGAAUGUGAAUGCAAAACUAUUCAUGAAUUUUUUUUGAAAGGAGUAUCCUUGUCUGGGGACCAGCCAUUUCUUGGUACAAGAGCUGAUGGCAACUCACCUUACAGCUGGAUUACCUAUAAUGAGGUUUACAAAAAAGCAUGUUAUCUUGGAUCUGCUUUGUAUGAAAUUGGUUUAAGAAAAGGCAGCUUUAUUGGAAUCAGUGCACAAAAUAAACCAGAGUGGGUGAUAGUGGAUCAAGGUGCCAUGAUGUUUUCAAUGGUAAUGGUUCCACUUUAUGACACUCUUGGUCAAGAAGGAAUGCAACAUAUUCUACUUCAGACCGAAUUGUCGAUUCUUUUUUGUGAUUCAGGAAAGCUAGAUAAUAUUUUGAAUAAUGCAAAAAAGACUAAAUUUUUGAAAACCAUUGUCACCUUUGAUAACGUGAAUGACCUGAAGCAAAUAGAAAGAUGUAAGAGCGACGGUAUACACCUUAUUGGGAUGCAAGAUUUACUGGAUCUUGGUAAACAAAAUCAGCACGAACAUAUGCUUCCGAGUCCUGAAGAUCUUGCCUUGAUUUGUUAUACAAGUGGAACCACAGGUAAUCCCAAAGGGGUAAUGCUGAGCCACGAAAAUUUGGCAGUGAAUGUGACCAGUUUUAUUAAUUUAUUUGACGAAUACUAUCAAAUUUCUGCUUCAGAUAGCUAUAUUAGUUAUCUGCCCUUGAGUCACAUGUAUGAGCGUUGUGGUCAGUAUAUCAUAAUGGUCGGUGGUGGCAAGAUAGGAUUCUUCCGUGGAAACGUGAAGGAGUUAGUGCAAGACAUUCAAACCCUAAGGCCAACCAUUUUUCCUGCUGUGCCGAGAAUUCUGAACGUCCUUUAUAGCAAGGUAAUGAAUGAAGUAGCAAAAAGCUGGGUCAAAAGCCUGUUGAUGAAUGUCGCCUUGUCUGCAAAAAAUAGAGAAGUAUCAAGGGGUGUGAUUAGGAAAAACAGCUUUUGGGACAAGCUUGUAUUCAAUAAAAUCCAGGGCAUUCUCGGAGGCCGAGUCAAAGCGAUAACAUCUGGAGCUGCUCCUUUAUCUAUCAGCGUAAAGCAAUUUCUCAAGUGUGCAUUUGGCUGUUUGGUUUGCGAAGGGUACGGGCAGACUGAACUGACGGCAAUGGCAACAAUGAGCUCCCCAUUUGAUUCAACAUUAGGUCAUGUUGGCCCGCCAAUAUCUAGUUGCAGAAUAAAACUUGUUGAUGUUCCAAGCAUGGACUACUUUGCUAAGGACUCCAAAGGAGAGGUUUGCGUUCAAGGACCGUCAAUAUUUUUGGGUUAUUUUAAAGAUCCCGAGAAGACCAGAGAUGCCCUCGACGAAGAAGGUUGGCUACAUACAGGAGACAUUGGCAAAUGGCUUCCGAAUGGCACUUUAUGCAUCAUCGACAGAAAGAAACACAUAUUCAAGCUCGCACAGGGUGAAUACAUUGCGCCAGAGAAGAUAGAAAUUGUAUACUUGAGGUCAUCAUUCGUGUCUCAAGUCUUCGUGACUGGAGACAGUCUUAAGACAUGCACAGUUGCCAUUGUUUGUCCUGAUAAAGAGACGAUAGAAACUUGGGCCCAGCGUCACCAGAUGUCAGUAGAUUUCGACGAUUUGUGCAAGAAUGAGACAGCAAAAGAGGCUGUAUUGGCAAGCAUGAGGGAGAUUGGCUCUGCUGGCGGACUGAAUUCUCUAGAACAGGUUAAAGCCGUGUAUUUACUUGCGGAGCCUUUUUCCAUUGAAAAUGAUCUGCUGACGCCGACUAUGAAAGUUAAAAGAAAGAAAGUGGAAGAAAGGUACGCCGAGGAAAUAAAAGGUCUGUAUGCAGAAUUGGAUGGAAAGAACAAGUAAGAAUAACAUUGUAGCUAUUUUAGCUUAAGUUGUCGAGUAAGUGGUAAAAGACAAUACACUAAUUUUUAAUGCAUAAAAAUGCACUUUCGUAUAUACUUAUAUAUUUAAAAUUGUGCUCUUUUCCGCUGUUUCUCUUUUUAACAUGGUUUGAAAUGACACAAUUUCUCAGCGAAUUACAAAAAGCAAUUGGAAUGAAACCGAAAAAUGAAAUCUAGAAAAAAGAUUUUAAUGCAUUAUUUUGCAAAGAACCUAUAUUGCUUAAAAACAACUGGACAAUACAAUACAAGAGUAUCGUCAAGUAGCAGAUACAUAUCUGGACUUUUGAAGCCCUCAUCAGUGCCCUCAUCAUGUGAAAUACGUUCUACAAUGCAUAUUUACAGUAAAAAGUUUUUAUAAACAGUUUUCCAAGUUCCAUGAUGGCAGGGUAUUUUAACGUACAGACUGGGCGGCCAUUUGUUUAGAUCUGUUUGCCCCAGAAGUGAAUGGAAAGCUUAUAUUUUCACCCCAGUGGCCUAAGUCAAAAUAGACCCUUUUUCAUUUUUCCUUGUAAACAAACCAAUUCAGUUGAUAUUGUCAACACAAUUGAAUCUUAGUAAAUCACGGAUGAUACUGCUAAAUAUUUUGCCGAUAGUUCAUCAACGGGCGUUUUAGAGAAUUGCAGAAAAUCCUCUAGAACUUUAUUUCUCAAAGGACUUGCCACCAAAUAUUUUAUCGGUUCCGAAGCAAGUAGGUUGUGUCCGCUUGUUUUCAGCAAUAAAUGGCAAUUUUCUAGAGCGUCUAAGUUAAAUUAUCUAUACUCUCAAUUUGUGUUUAUUGCACAGAAAUGUUUUUGAAGUUGAAUGCAAUUUUUUACGACAAUAAUGUUGAGUAUCUUUGGUAAUUAUACUCAUUUUUAACCCAUAACAAGAGAUACAAUACAAAAACAACUCAUUCGUAGCAAAUCAUUUGCUUUCUGUCGAAUUCAUUCCACUGGUUACAUAUCUCUGAUUUUUGCAAUAAAUAUAUCUGUAUCAUUAAUAAUACAAGUUUAAUUCAUGUAAAAUACAGCUACUUUUACAUUCUAGACAAAACCCCUUUCCAAACAAAGGUAUUGAUGUCAUUGCGACGUCGAUAAAAAUUAUUUAAAGAUAAAAAACCUAUGAGUUGUUCUCCGUAUUUACAGAAAAUUUACGUUUUCUGUACUUUUGUUGUAUUUCAUACUUGCAGUUUUUUAUUCUUAAAUUUUACAAGUGCUCUCGGAACAGGCUGGAAGAUUUACCCAGACUAAAGAAGGGAGGAGGAAAAGGGAGGUCCUGCAGUGUGCUGAACUGUGUCUCAUAACAUGCUGAACUUAGGGCCAAUUUUUCCCAAUUAAAUCCCCUUCCUUGUCAUACUACUAAGCUUUCAUCUCAUAAAGUCUAUUGCUUUAUGCUUUAAGAUCCUACAAACUAUAUUCUUUGAUAGCGAUUAUACUGAUCUUCGAAGAACUGUAAGUCCAUCUU